AUGAAUUCUGAAUCGUAUCCUCAAAUGUCGGAAGUAAUCAAAGAGAAACCAUCAUUAAGUAGUUCGUUUUUUAUUGAAGAACCAACAGCAAGUGAAAAGAGUCAAAGUGAAGCACAUUUACAACGUGAAAAUGAUAAAAUGGAAGAUGCAGAAAAUGAAACUAAUCGAAUGCAAACAUGUUUUGUUUGUCAAGAAUCUUUACGUGAUAGAUCAUCAAAACUAUUAGCAUGUUUACAUUCUGUCUGUACAAAUUGUCUACCAUCAUUACAUGAACCGUUUGGCAAUGCUUACAAAUGUUUAGUGUGUGAUUAUAAAAGUCGCGCUGAUAUGGUAUGCGAUAAUUUAUAUUUAACAAAUGAUGAAGAGAACGAUAAUGGAAAAUCACAAAUUGAGCAAUCAGAUAACGGUGUGCCUCGUACAACAUUCACGUGUAGCAGCUGUGAAGAGGGCAAUAUUGGUGACUGGUAUUGUAAUAAUUGUCGUGAUUGGCUUUGUGGAGAAUGUAAAAAUGCUCAUUCACGUGUGCGUCUUACAAAAGAUCAUAUUGUUGUUCAAAAAGGUUUUGAUCAAUUGCAACCACCCCGACAAGAUAAACCAAUGAAUUGUCCGAUUCAUAAACAUGAAAUGAUUCGUAUCUAUUGUGAGGAUUGUGAAGUGUUAACAUGUCGUGAUUGUCAAUUGGAAAGACAUAAAGAUCAUCGGUAUACAUUCAUUGAUGCAGCCGUUCAUUCGCAACGGAAAAAUUUACGAUCAUUAAUGAAUAAAGUCAGAGAAUGUCGAACAAUGUUAGACAGAUGUCAAAUUGCAACAGCUCAACGUAGUCAAGCUAUUGAUACUAUAGAAAUGCAAGUAUGUUAUGAAAAACAAAAAAUACGUAUUCUUCAUAAUGUUGUUGCUAAUUUAAGACUAUCAGUGAUAUCAAAACAAAGUCGUCUUGAUCAAUUUAUUCAAAAUAUUGAUCAUUCGCUUGAAUUUGUAGAAGAAGCAGUCAAUACAGGUUCUGAUGUUGCCUUAUUAUCUUCGAAACGUUUAAUAACUUAUCGUCUUGAUGAUAUACUGAAUGAUAGUUAUGAAUGGUCAAAAUCUUCGCCUCACUUUCAAUUAUCAUUUCAAUUCGAACCAAAUCGAUUCCGUCAAGUAAUCUCAAAAUUGGGUGUUUUAUUUGUAAAUGGAAAACCAGUUGCUAAAACACAUCAACAAAAGUUAAAUAUGGCAAUAACAAAUAAUCAAGAAAAAUUAGAUCAAACAAAUGAUAAAGAACAGGAAAUAACAAUUAAUGAUAGUAUAUGGGACGAUCAUAAUCAGACUUCCGAUCUAGAUAAAAUUAAUAAUACUCAUAUUACUAGUAAAAGAAAUGAUAAACAUAAUAUGCUAUCAGAGAUGCCGAAAGUUCGAACAACUUAUCAGAAUACAGUUAAUAAUCAUACGAAUCAGAAAUCAUCCUUUAUCGAGCAAGAAAAUACUCUAGCUACUGAGAAACAACAACAACAACAGAUUCUAGAUACAAGUGAUGGUACUGGUUGA